UGCCUGUAGUGGACAAUUUCGGGAAUCGGGAAUGUUUUUCCUUCAAAAACAAAUUAAAAUCAACAUUAUCGCCUAUCUUAACUUAAUUUCCAAACGGCUGGAAUAACUGUGCACAACAAACAUUACAAAUAGCGUAUUUGCAUAAUUAAAUCGUUGGACAGCGGUACCGUGGGCGUAAAAGCGUGUCCUAUCAUAAAUAAGUGAAGAAAAUGAAGAUUAACGAGAAGAAUUUGUGUGCGUUCGCGUCGUCAGCCACUCCGGUGGACAGGGAGGGCUGGCUGGACAUGCGUGAGGCUGGCAAAAGCUACUCGCGCCGCUGGUUUACGCUGAAGGGCAAUCUUUUGUUUUACUUCGAUAAGACGGGGGAUAAGGAACCAGCGGGUGUUAUUGUGUUGGAAGGAUGCACUAUUGAGUUAACAGAAGAAGAGGAAGCCUACAGCUUCAAGAUCGUCUUCCAGUGCGCUGGCGGUCGCACCUUCUAUCUCUGCACCAACUCACAAGCCUCGAUGGAGGCUUGGAUGAAGGCACUAGCCUGCGCUAGUUACGAUUACAUGAAACUCAUGGUGGCAGAGCUGCAGAGACAGCUGGAUGAAGCAGAAGCUGAGGCAGCAGCAGAGGCGGCAGCGCUGACCACCCCAACAGAGGAGCCUCGGGCGCCGCCGCGGGGGCAGAGAUACAACCCCUUCAACAAGCUGCCAGAGAACGAACCCAAGGCGGUUCAGGGCAGCAGGCACCACAAAGAGAACCUCCGGCCAGACAUGUCACGUAAGAAGGUUCCGUUCCGAGACAUUCACACGGCUUUCGGCCGCAAGAUCCUUUCCGACCGUAGCGAGUGGCGAGCCACGCUGGCUAAGCGACAGAAAGCGGUGGAGUCACCGCUUAUACAGCUGUAAUAUCGGGAAAAUAUUUAGUCUCGCGUUAAAAGUUCACUAUCGAUGGACAAGUAUGCAAUUUUUAUCAAGAGCCUCACACACUAUUGCACAGACUUUGGCAUUACCGUAGCGAGUGUCGAACCACGCUAACCAAGCGAUAGAAAGAGGUGGAAUUUCCGCUUAUACAGCUGUAAAUAAGGGAUAUAUAGAACAUUUUAGAAAAGAGGAAGAUGUGUACAUGUUGGUAAAGGUAGGUAUGGUGGUAAAUAUAUGCUAUUUACCACCAUAGUUUAGACUUUAUUUGACAAUGUGACAGAAUUCAAAUUUGAAUUUGGUUUCCGAAAUUCUUCUGCCCUCUUAAGGGUUAAAGAAUCAUUAUUAUUAGGCACUUGAAUCAAGAGUGAAAGGACACCAUUUAACUUUGGUACUCGCUUUUUAACACACACACAUCGCCUUUGAACGCAAUAAGCUUGCCGACCUAGAGUCAAGCGUAAAAAGCGGUAGUAUACCCGUGAUACUCGUAACGAAAAUUCACCCGAAUUAACUUUUCUUGUCUGUUAUUGCCAUGGUUACGGUCUCUUGAGUCACGCUGGUUUUAUGCAAAGUUAUGCUACUUAAACUAUGCAAACAUGCAUUUUUCUGGUGUUAACAAGCCCUUUCCUUAAUUAGCCACCUACAAACAUGGACUACAUGCAUGCUUGCAUAAUUUCAGUAGUACCAGCGUGACUCAGGGGACCAUAACCAUGGCAAUAAUAGACAAGGAAAAGUUUAUUCACCCAAUUAUGUUGUUAUUAUUAUUCGUCUGUUGCAAGAUGAUCACCGACCGUUUCUUCUUUGUCAGCGUGAAAAAGCAAAAAAGCUUAGAGACUCACGCUUUGACAGACACACGCUUUAGAGCGCAAGAUAUUUGCAGAAUGAAGUUUCACGAUCGAGUACAUGAUUUCUUUGAUCAACCGCCUUCUCUUUAGCUAUAGUUAGUUUAUUAGUAAUACUUGUAGAGGAGGAAUUCUUCUUAAGGAACUGAAAUAAUUAUAUCAUUCUCGUGAUUGUAUUGUCGAAUGCGAAAUUAACAUUCAGGCCCCGUAGCCGAAUGGCAUUUCUCCGACGCGAAACGAAUAAUGAAACGCCGUGAAAGGUAGUCUGGCUCUGUCUCGCCAAUACGCAAGAGCGAUGGAGAUAGAUAUCUACGAGCGUUUCGUUUCGUGAGCGUUUGUGCAUUCGGCUACGCACGCAGAUGUCUGUACGUGUGAUCUAAAAGGCCUGUACUUACGUACAGGUAUGUAAUUAUUUAUUUUUAUAAAUUCCAUCAAAUUAAAAAAUAUAUAUACGGUGCCUGUUUAAGAGUAUUUUUCAGUACAGAUGGUGUUUUUUUUACGCACUAGUGCGAGAAGUGGU